AUGCUCUGGGCGCUCUGGCCAGGGUGGCUGGCAGGCAGGGGGCUGCCCCUCCUGGGGGCUGUGCUGCAGUGGAAGAGAGAGAAGAGGGGACCUCAGUGGAGGCACUGGCGGCGGGAAACCUACCCAUACUAUGACCUCCAGGUGAAGGUGCUGAGGGCCAGGAAUAUCCGGGGCACAGACCUGUUGUCCAAAGCUGACUGCUACGUGCAAUUGUGGCUGCCCACGGCGUCCCCUAAUAUCGCCCAGACGAAGAUGGUGGCCAACUGUAGUGACCCCGAGUGGAAUGAAACCUUCCACUACCAGGUCCAUGGUGCUGUGAAGAACGUCCUGGAGCUCACCCUCUAUGACAAGGAUGUCCUGGGCAGUGACCAACUCUCCCUGCUCCUGUUUGACCUGAGGAGCCUUAAGCCUGGUCAACCCCACACGCAUACCUUCCCACUCAACCACCAGGGUUCACAAGAGCUGCAAGUGGAAUUUGUUCUGGAGGAGAGCCAGGUGCCUGCCUCUGAAGUCAUCACCAAUGGGGUCCUCGUGGCUCAGCCCUGUCUGAGAAUCCAGGGCUCCCUCGGGAGACAAAGGACAGCCCCACAUCGAGAGUAUGGCCAUCGGCAUAUCCAGCUGGCAGUGCCUGGCGCCUACGAGAAGCCACAGCUCUUGCCCCUGCAGCCUGCAGUAGAGCUGGGCUUCCUGCCCACGUUUACCUUCCACGUGAACCCAGUGCUAAGCUCCAGGCUGGAUGUGCAGCUAGGAGAGAAGUUCACCGUCCUGCAGAGCGGCCCAAGUGCUGAGCUGGAGACCGAGGCCAGCAAGUUGGGUGCGGGAGGCAUCCUGCUCUCCUCUUUGCCCCUAGGCCAGGAGGAGCAGUGCUUCGUGACCCUGGGGGAGGACCAGGAUGUGGCGCUGAGUGUGAAGGCAGAAAUGAGCUCUGGGGACCUUGACCUGCGCCUUGGCUUUGACCUCUGUGAUGGGGAGCAGGGGUUUCUGGACAAGAGGAAGCAGGUCGUGUCCAAGGGCCUUCAGCAGGUGCUGGGACUGAGUGAGGCUCCGGACAGUGACCAGGUGCCUGUGGUGGCUGUGCUGGGUUCAGGGGGUGGAACCCGAGCCAUGUCUUCCCUGUAUGGCAGCCUGGCAGGGCUGCAGGAGCUCGGCUUCCUGGACACCGUGACCUACCUGGGUGGUGUCUCAGGGUCCACCUGGUGCAUGUCUACACUCUACAAAGAGCCAGCCUGGUCCCAGGUGGCCUUGCAGGGCCCCAUUGAGCGUGCCCAGGCCCGAGUCUGCAGCACAAAGAUGGGGGCAGUGUUCACAGAGAGGCUACAAUACUACGCCCAGGAACUGGUGGCCCGCAAAAGCAGUGGCCACAGUGUUUCCCUCAUCGACCUGUGGGGUCUCCUCAUUGAGUAUUUCCUGUACCAGGAGGAGAACCCGGCCAAGCUGUCUGACCAGCAGGAGGCGGUCAGCCAGGGUCAGAACCCUUAUCCCAUUUAUGCCAGUGUCAACGUCCGCACCAACAUCAGUGGGAAAGACUUUGCAGAGUGGUGUGAGUUCACUCCCUAUGAGGUCGGCUUCCCCAAGUAUGGGGCUUAUGUCCCCACCAAGCUCUUCGGCUCCGAGUUCUUCAUGGGGCGGCUGAUGCGGCUCCGGCCUGAGCCCCGGAUCUGCUACCUGCAGGGUAUAUGGAGCAGCGCCUUUGCGGCCAGCCUGGAUGAGAUCUUCCUGAAGAUCACCGGCUCGGGCCUCGGCUUCCUGAACUCACACAAGGGCAGUGUCAACAUCACGGACGACUGCCAGAAGCUCCAGUUGCAGGACUCCUCCCGGUUAAGUACCAGGCUCUUCACCCCCCAGGGACCUUUCUCCCAGGCUGUCCUGGACAUGUUCACCUCCCGCUUUACCUCUGCGGAGAACUUUAACUUCACCCAGGGCCUCUGCCUACACAAGGACUAUGUGGCUUGCAGGGAGUUCGUGGCCUGGAAAGACUCACACCCGGAUGUCUUCCCCAACCAGCUCACUCCCAUGAAGAAGUACUUGUGCCUGGUGGAUGGGGGGUUUGCCAUCAACUCCCCAUUCCCACUGGCUCUGCUGCCUCAGCGGCCUGUGGACCUCAUCCUGUCCUUCGACUACUCCUUGGAAGCUUCUUUUGAGAUCUUACAGAUGACAGAGAAGUACUGCCUGGACCGGGGAAUCCCCUUCCCUAGGAUUGAGGUGCACCCAGCGGACUUGGAGGAACCCCGUGAGUGCUAUCUGUUUACCAGUGCUGAGGACCCCCGCUCACCCAUCAUACUACACUUCCCUCUUGUCAACCACAGCUUUCGCACACACCUGGCCCCAGGUGUGGAGCGGCAAACAGCCGAGGAGAAGGCCUCCGGGGACUUUGUCAUCAACGGGCCAGACACCCCCUAUGGCAUGAUGAACUUCACCUACGAGCCCCAGGAGUUUGCGCGGCUCGUGGCCCUGAGUCGAUACAAUGUCCUGAACAACGCUGAGACCGUGAGGCAGGCCCUCCGGCUGGCUCUGGACCGGCGGCAGCAGGCUGGGGAGAGGGUUGGGGGCUGA